UAGCAAUCCAUGGUCGUCGUCGUCGUGGAUGCGCAUAUGUACAAUCGGCAAGCACAAGUAGCUAGCUUUAGUGUGUGUCAAUGGGCCGGCAGGCAUGGUGGCCACCAUCGGAGAGCGAUGCCGGCCGGAUCGAUCGAGGAGAAAAGACGCUUUUUCUUCUUCUUUUGCAGCAAAAGAAGCAGUGGAUCUCCCACUAUCUCUCUCGCAUUUGCAUGCAUUGGCCGCACGCAACAAAUUAAGACCUCCUGACCUGAGACGCCACACCGGUCUUCAGUUCGUCGUCUUCUUCUAUAAAAUGCGGCACGAGCUAGCGUGUGUCUGGCACACUGCUAGCUGCGUGCUACUCCUGCUAUAUAUCACGAGCUAGUCACUCCGAUCCGAUCACACACACAUCUAUCGCCAUGGCCAGCAGCGUCGGCAAGAUGGCUGCCGUGGUGGACACCGAGAACCCGGCGGCCACCGUCGUCGUGGGGCCGCCGUGCGCGGUGGACGACGACGACCUGUCGCAGCGCGCCAACUGGCUGCGCGCGGCGGUGCUGGGCGCCAACGACGGCCUGGUGUCGACGGCGUCGCUGAUGCUGGGCGUGGGCGCCGUGAAGGCGGACGCGCGCGCCAUGGUCAUCUCCGGGUUCGCGGGCCUCCUGGCGGGCGCGUGCAGCAUGGCCAUCGGCGAGUUCGUGUCCGUGUGCUCCCAGCGCGACGUGGAGCUGGCGCGGCUGGACCGCGGCGCCGAGGAGGAGAAGGCACUGCCCAGCCCCGUGCAGGCCGCCGCGGCGUCCGCGCUCGCCUUCUCCGUGGGCGCGCUCCUGCCGCUGCUGGCCGCCGGGUUCGUCACCGACUACAGGCUGCGGAUUGGGGUGGUGGCCGCCGUGGCCACCGCGACGCUGGCCGCGUUCGGCUGCGUGGGCGCCGUGCUGGGGCGAGCUCCCGUGGCGAGGUCGUGCGCGCGCGUGGUAAGCGGCGGCUGGGCCGCCAUGGCCGUCACCUUCGGCCUCAUGAGGCUCUUCAAGGCCAGCGGCAUAUGAAGGAGGACAGCUCGCUAGCUUCUGCUGCUCCUAGCUCUGCUUUUUUCCUUCGUCCAUGUCCUCCCUCCUAGCUAACCAGACAUAUAAAUUAAUAAUAUAAAUAUAUACUUAAUUAAUAGUAGCUAGUAAACUAUAAUAUACCAUGCAUGCAUGCAGACCAGCAAGCUAGGGUUUGAGCUAAUGUAAUACCACAUAUAUGCUAUAUAUAUCAUGCUUGUACUGGCCUAGCUAUGCAAGAGUGAUCCAUGCAUGUAAACGUUAUUAUUUUAUAUAUAUACAACUAAGUUAUAUA